GGGGGAGGGGGUGUGGGGGGGGGCCGAAUCCCCUGACACUUCCCAGAACCUCAGUCUUAUCCUGAGAUAAAGCACACUCCAGCUCCUCUGUUAAACAUACCCCAGCUUCUCUUUGGAAACACUCUAUCUCCCAAAUGCCACAAACUUCUGUCCUUCGAGAUACCCGCAGAUAUCUGGCAAAAAGCUCUUUGUUUUCUUCUCCAAAUAGCUCCUAACUUGUCCCGAAAGAUGGCCUGACUUCUCGGUCUCCCAACGUCUCUCGUCCUCAUUUUCCUGAGAAGACCCCAGUUCUCUCUCAGGCCCCUUUAUCGACCUCAAAGCCCCUACUUCUCCCGCAUGCCCAGCUCCCUGCUCUGGCACCCGACUCUCUUCUCCUGACCUUCCCUCACAUGAUUUCCACUUCCCAGGGAGACCCCCAUCUCUCCCCAGGACCCUCCUUCAACUCCUCCCACAAACACGGAGGCAUCCCUCCCAAGGAGGCACCCCAAACCUCACCACAUCCCUGCCAGGCUGGGCCACACGCCUAUCCAGGGUCUGGCUCUGGGGAGGGGCUGUGCUUUGUCUGCUGUCAGCAGGCUCUGUCCCAGGCUGUGGGGGGACCUGGUAAGGGUGUGGGCAGUGAAAGCCACUCUGGUCUGCCUGUAACUAGGGGGGAAGCCAUCAAAAGGCAGAGCCAGAAGGGGACUCUGAUGCCAUGUCUCUUACUUCAGAGACCUGGAGACAGAGCCACCAAUCCAUCCAUCCAUCCACCCACCCACCCAUCCAUCCAUCCAUCCACCCAUCCACCCACCCACCCAUUCAUCCAUCCACCCAUCCAUCCAUCCACCCACCCACCCAUCCAUCCAUCCACCUAUCCACCCACCCACCCACCCAUUCAUCCAUCCACCCAUCCAUCCAUCCAUCCAUCCACCCACUCACCUACCCACCCACCCAUCCAUCUACCCAUCCAUCAAUCCACUCACCCACCCAUCCAUCUGUCCAUCCAUCGUCCAUCAGUCUACCCACCCAUCCAUCACACAUCCUUCCAUCUAACUUCCCAUUCACCAUUCAUUUGUCCAUCCAUCCACACCCCCAUCCUAAUAUCCUCUAAUCUGCCUUCAUGACCUCCUCUUGUCCACCUGCCAGGACCCCUGGUGGGUAAUGGGGAUGCAACGUGACCAAGACAGGCCCGCUCCUGUGGAGUUUGUCAAAUGACAUUAAUCAGCAGGUCACUGCUAAGUGUAUGAUGACAACCAUGGGAAGGAAAGUGCCCUGGAGCUUAGGGGCCCCAGGAAAUCCAGGAUGGUUUCUCUGUGGGAAUGAUCCGGAGGAUGAGCAGGGAGGCCCCGAGAGAGGAGGAGAGAGAUCUGGGCGGAAGGGAUGGUGUGUGCAAAGGCCCUGGGUGUGUGGAGCACAGCUUCAGGAGACAGGAAGAUGGCCAGAGUGGCUGGAAGGGAGAUAGAGCGGUGGUGGAGUGGGGGGCACAGCUGGGCAAAGCUUGGUGCCAGAGAGAGCCGCUUGGGGCCUUUUGAGCACAGAGGUGAUAAGACUCCCAAGUGGGAAUUAAGCUGCGGGGGACAGGAUGGGACUAGGAGGUGGCGGGCAGAAAGGACUGGGUGGGGGGUGCGGGGGGAGUGUCAGAUUCUGGAGAUUUGUAGGCCAUUCAUUCCUAGCUCUGGGUCCUCUGAGGCCCAGGCUUCCCCUCAGUCUCUAUCUAGCACCCCACCCCAGGCAUGUGCUAAGAACUGCACAGACUUGGAGUCCUGAACUUCUCCCCACUUUACAGAUGAGGAAACAGAGGCUCCGAGGAAUGAGGUCACUGCCAAGGCCACACCACUGGGAGGUGGCAGAGCCUGGAUUCCAACCCCAUCACCUCCCUCAUCCUGCUCCCUGAGUCGGGAAAGCCAGGCCUGGGGUGCCCCACGGUGAAGGGGGCUGGGAGCCUGGGUCCCGCACAGCUGGCUCCUGCCCCAUUCUACCUUCAGUUAUUCAGUCAACAAACGCUGCUUGCCCCAGCUUUACCCUCAGGGAGACUUGGGGAGGGAGGCAGUAGAGACGGGGGUUCAAACUCCACUGUGCCGCCUUGGCGAGUAGCUUCCCUUCUCUGAACUGGGUGCCCUGUGGCUUGGGCCCCCCUUGUGCCUCAGUGUCCUGCUCUGUAAACUGGGGAUGAUGGCCCUCCCCCGACGCGGGCUACCCUGUGCCUUGUUGGGCCCGGGACCCUCCUGGGAGCUUGCAGACAGGCCUGCGCUCCCUUUUCCAGGGAAGGAGGCGGAGCUCAGAGGGGAGGCCGCUGCCCGGAGCCAAAUGGGCACCAGGUGGCCCCUCUGGACGGGAGCUCAGAUCUCUUUCAAGCCACCUCCUGGUGCUUCCUCCCAGCCACCCUUAGGUCUGCCACAUCCCCCUCCGCAUUCAGUGGGUCCCUGGCAGGGUGUUGAGGGUAAAGGCCACCCAGCAUGAGGCGGAGGUCUCAGAGCAGAGGCGCCCUCUCUCCAGCUUGAGCCUGCAGCCUGCAGCUCCCCAUCUCUGAUUCCAAGAAGGCUGCUGCUGAGGGGGGAGUCCUGGGGGGGCUGCCACGCCCAUCAGCCGAGGGUUCUGUGGACCGGGAGAGGUUCCUGUUUACAGAAAGGGACAUGGAGCUGGGCUCGGAGCUGAGCUGACCAGCUGGAAGGGCCCCUCCCAGGGUGGGGUCCCCAGCGCCACAGGGCAGGCCUUCGGGACCUUCCCCAGGUGCCUUCCCCCACCCCCCUGCCGUGCCUCAGUUUUCCAAAUGUGAUGGGGUGGAGAUAGGAGUGGGGCUUCCAGCUGAGCGGGGCCAUGGUGGGGUCAGGUCCUGGGGCUCCUCCCCCACUGAGUCCCCUUCCUCACCGGUAGCAGCACCGCGGAACCAACACUUAACUCACACGUUUCUGGGCCCCGUACUAAGCGUUUUGCAAAUAGUACCUCACCCUGUGGAAUCUUCACUCUGACGCUGCAAUUCAGGGGCAGGUGUUAUGCCCAUGGACUGCUGAGGACACAGAGGCACAGAGAUUUGGAUGCUUGCCGGAAGUCACACAGCAGGAAUAGUUGGCACCAGGAUUUGAACCCGGAUACAAGGCUCCAGACUAGCGUCCUGAGCUACUCAGCGCAGAGACCAGCACAGAAUAAACUCACUGCCCUCCUCCCCCAACCCAGCUGGGAGGAAGACCCCGCUCCCAGCGAGGCAAGGGUGUGUGGGGAGUGAAGCCCCAGUACCCAGGCCGGCCUGUCAUCAGGACGCCUGAGCCGGUCACCUCGCCAUCCUGGGCGGUGGCUCGAGGCCCCUGCAGGGAAGAGCAUUGUUCUAGGGUCACCCUUCCUACUGUGGCACUCCAGGCCCAGCAGGGGUGACUGACAUCAACCAAGUAAUUGCUCGAGGGUAUUUUUCAUGCGAGCUGAAGUUAGGGUUCUGUUGGGCUGUGAUGCAGGGCAGGCAGGGCAGGCUUCCUGGAGGCGGCAGUGAAGUGAUGCAUUCAUUGGUAUCUGCCUCCUUUGUCAGACUGUGUGGCCACGCCAGUGUUGCCCCCAGAACAAAGGGGGGCUCAAUGUUUGUUGGGUGAGCAAAGUUGAGAAAGGCCUCUUGAGGGAGCCUCACUUUCCCCAUCUGGACAAUGGGACUCUAAGCCCCACCUCACUGCAAGGUCAAGUGGAAGUGUUGGAGGGGCCUCUGUCCAGCUCCAGCUCAGUCUGCCCCCCAUCCCCCCUUCUGCUGUUGAACAAGCAGUCACUCCAGACCAGCCCCCAUCCCAGCUCCAGCCACGACGCCGCUCGGGGACAUUUCUGGAAGAGAGGAGGCUCCUGGAAUAUGAUAAUUAAAUAAGGUCUAGGCAUCCCCUUCUCUGCAUCAGUCUUGGCAACACAUUAUCUUGCUGGACUUGGGACUGGUCACUCGGCCUUGGAUUCCAGAAGAGGAAACUGAGGCUGGGAGGGAGGAAAGAGUGAGGAAGAUAGGGGUUGGGGCCAGCAGAUCACAAGGGUGGAGGGUGGAAUCCCAAGACACGCUGUGGUCUCAGAGCUGCCAGGCCUGAGUCUCCUGGUCUUACCCUUGCUGGUUUAUCCAUAUGUGAACUGCAGGGGGGUACUCUCUCCUUUCUCCCCGAAUCACAUUUUUCCUGUUACAUUUUGUCAUGGGAGCCACCAAACCUACGGUUAGUAUUUACCUGUGUAUUUCUGCAUUGGCAUCCUUCCGACCAGGACGCAUCACAAAGCUGGCAGCUGCAGGCCAGUCACAGCCAUGUCCCCAGCAUCCAGUAGGUGCUCGAUAAACAUCUCUCCAUGAAGGAGCAGCGCCCUGGCCGGCUUCUCGGGUGUCUGCACUGAGCCGCGUCUCAGCGGCUAGCUCCUUGUUUCUAGAAAGAAACCUUCACCUUCCUCAUGUGCAAACUGGAGACAGCCAUAGGACGUACCCACCGGUUUUUGUGGAAUGAGUUGGGGGAAGGACGCUAAGAACCUGGAACUGAGAAAGUGCUUAGUAAUAAAUUCAGCUGCCGUUAUUAUUAUUGCUGUUCUUUUACUCGUCAGCGUAAGUCGGGAAAUGGCCCGCAGACGAACUGAGGCAGGGGCCUGGGGUUUCUAGGGGCGUCAGCAAACCGCUACCACCUUCCUCCUUUCCCCCACCCCCUCAGUCCCCGAGUUCCGGCGAGGCUCCUCGGUUCUGCCCGCCGGGGGCUGCGCAGACCGCCCGCCCGGUCCCCGGGGCAAGCGAGGCGGGGGAGGAGGGCGGCCGUACUAGGAGGAAUACGGCGGCGCGGCGGCCAGCUGGGCGGUUUCCCGCCGCCGCUGCCGCCGGUGAAUGAGUCCGACUGCGCUGCCGCUGCCGCCCGACCGAGGCUGCGCCCGCGUCCUCGCGCCCCUAGCCUUCGCGCCGAGACCCCGGCGUGUCCGCGGGCCAGCCAGCCUCGGCCACCGUCCCCGGGCAGGCUCCGCAGAUCCCUCCAGGCUCCUGCCUCCGCCCCGAUGAAGAAAACCAACUUGUGGUUCUUGGAGCGGCUUCGUGGGUCAGGGGAGAAUGGAGCUACGGGGGGCGAGGGUGGGGACAGGGCCGCCAAGGGGCCGCUAUACAGCAACGUGCUCACGCCCGACAAGAUCCCGGACUUCUUCAUCCCCCCCAAGCUGCCCGCCGGCCCCACGGAGCCGGAGGCUCAGGCUGAGCUGGGGCCCUCGACCUCGGAGCAGAACCUGGCCUCUGCCGCGCCCCGCCGCUCCCCCCGGAGCCCCCGGCUGCCCGCCAAGCUGGCCGCCGAGAGCAAGAGCCUGCUGAAGGCGGCCACCAGGCAUGUGAUCCAGAUCGAGAGCGCGGAGGACUGGACCGCCGAGGAGGCCGCCACCAACGCCGACCCCCAGGCCCAGGGGGCCAUGUCGCUACCUUCGGUGCCCAAGGCCCAGACGUCCUAUGGCUUCGCCACACUGGCCGAGAGCCCCCACACACGGCGCAAGGAGUCUCUGUUCCAUAGCGAGCACGGGGCUCUGGCCCAGGUGGGCUCCCCGGGCACCCGGCGCCGUCGGGGGGGCGUCAAGACCAACGGGGGCGAUGGGGUGCCCAGGGAGGCCGGCGGUGCCCUCAUGAGCCCCGGCCGCUGCGUCAGUGGCGGGGAGAGCGACACGGGGUCCUCGGCCGAGUCCUCGCCGUUCGGGUCCCCCCUGCUCUCGCGCUCCGUGUCGCUGCUCAAAGGCUUCGCCCAGGACAGCCAGGCCAAGGUGAGCCAGCUGAAGCACUCGGUGGGCCGCCACGGCUCCCUGUCGGCCGACGACAGCACGCCGGACACCAGCCCUGGGGCCCGGCGCCGCCUUGCCCGCAGGAGCACCCCGGAGCCCGGCCCCGAGCCCGGCGCGGCGCCCCGCGCGGAGCACGCUGUGCGCAUGGGCCCGCGGGGCAGCGUGCGGCUGCUGGCGGAGUAUGAGGCGGCCCAGGCCCGCCUGCGCGUGCGCCUGCUGGCGGCCGAGGGCCUCUACGACCGGCUGUGCGACGCCCGCAGCAUCAACUGCUGUGUGGGCCUGUGCUUGGUGCCCGGCAAGCUGCAGAAGCAGCGCAGCACCAUCGUCAAGAACAGCCGCCACCCCGUCUUCAACGAGGACUUCUUCUUCGACGGCUUGGGGCCGGCCAGCGUGCGGAAGCUGGCGCUCAGGAUCAAGGUGGUGAACAAGGGCAGCAGCCUCAAGCGGGACACCCUGCUCGGGGAGAAGGAGCUGCCCCUGACCUCUCUGCUUCCCUUCUUGUAAAGGCCUCUGCGCCCCCUCCCGCCGGCAGAGGAGACCCCACCCCCACCCGGAUCCGGCAGGGGAGGUGGUUUCCGCUCAGGCUGGGCCCGGCCCCGAUGCUGCAGCCCACGUUGGGGGUGUCCUGGGUCAUGCUGUUUUCCAGGGGUUAAUUUUUCCAGAGGAGAAGAGAGGGGGCUGCCGGGUAAAAGAAAGGGUCAGCUUGCAGGGCUGAGUCCCCCUGUGCCCCAAGUUCCAUGCCCCUGCCUCACCCCUUCCGGAGUUCUGGAACCUGGGCCAGGAGGCAGCUAAGGCCGAUCACAGACUCAGAGGCCGCUGGUCCAGAGGCCCAGUCAUAUCUUCUCCUGUGCUGCAUGAGUGUCCUCCUGCCCCCGGCCCGCCAGAUGCCCCCCCCCCCCCGCCCCUCCAGAGAUCAGGGCCAGGCCCAAGUUCUGCCCACGGUGCCACUCGGGACUGUGGGAGAAUCCCCUCCUGGGGUGGGCUGGCUCUGGGCAGUCCUCGGUCCUCCCAGGCUCCGGAGGCGAGAGCCACGUCUGAGAGCCACUGCCUGGCAAAGACAGGCAGCCAUGGAGGAAGUCCCAGAAGAUGAAAAUGGGGGCAAUUGCUCCCCUCCUGCCCCUCGAGCGAGACAGCCCUCCUGUCAGCUGUUUUCCUCCAUUGCCUUCUCUGCUCGGGCCCCUGCAGCCCUGCUGGGCGUCGGGAACUUCCCUCCCCUGGAGGGGUUGCUCAGAACGUGCCCAGAGAGCAGCGCCAGCUUGGGGGCCCCCCCGUUCCUCCCUGGCCUCUGCGGUUGGGGGCUGCUGCCCCUGCCCCCUCCUGUGCAUUACCCGGGAAGUGAUGCCCAGUGACUGAUGGCCUUGACUUUUACUCCACUCGUGUACAUAGGUUUUGGUUAGGGUGGGUGGGACAAAGGGGAGGCUGGGGAGACCCUGGUUGUGGCUUUUCGUGCUGCUAAGACAGCUGCAUGGGUUUAAUUGUGUCAGUAUAUGGGUCCUUGAAUGAUUUUUGUGGAGGUUUCCUGCUCAACGAAACAGAAAUGAUACAGUUUGAAGCAGGGGCCAGGCAAGGCCAGCUCUGACCCUUCACCUCUCCUGGGCUGCCUGCUGGGCGAGGAUGGACCCGGCCAGUCUGUGGGGAUCCUGGGGUGCCCCUCCCAGUCCAAACGUUGUCCCUCCUGGCUCUGGGUCUCCAGAUCAUCCUGGGGGAGGGGUGAAGGAGCAUGUUUCCCUCCAGAGCCCCGGGGGGGUGGGGAGGAGCAUGUGUUCCCUUCUGCACAUGUGGUGAGACAUACCUGUGCACCCUUGAGGCUGAGGACGAAAGCCCUUGGCACUGGGGUCCCUUGCUGUGCCCCCUCCAGCCUCUGUCCUGGGCCUGCUCCCUUAGGCCUUCUGCUCCGGGGGACCACCGGGCCAGGCCUGUGGGUGGAGGAGGCAGACAGCCCUGCAUGGAGUGAGAUGCUCAGACUUUCAGCCCCCUUCUCUGACCCUGACUGCUCACAUCCCCUGCUUUCCUUCUGGGGGCCCCCAUUUUAUAGGCCCCUGCACUCUUUGACAUCUGUGUUUGAAAUUGACUGUGGGUACAUCUUUAAGACAUCCUCCCCCAAGUGUU